AUGAGCAGAAAACUUACAAAUGUUAGUAAGAGAAAUAAUAAUAAUGAAAAGAGUAAUAAGAGCUUAAACGAAAUUUAUAUUUAUAAUAAAAAAUUUAAACACCUUAAUGGGAGCAGCACGAAUGGGCAAAAUACAAAUGGGCAAAAUACGAAUGGGCAAAAUACAAAUGGGCAAAAUACGAAUGAGCAAAAUACGAAUGGGCAAAAUACAAAUGGGCAAAAUACAAAUGGGCAAAAUACGAAUGGGCAAAAUACGAAUGGGCAAAAUACGAAUGGGAAAAAUACGAAUGGGAAAACUUCGAAUGGAACUAAUCGUACAAAGGGUACUACCAAUAGCACUUGUAAAAAAAAAAAUACAAUUUUUUUCAGUGCACAAAAUGAAAUAGAAGAGGAAAAGAAAAAAAAAAAAAAAGGUAUUUUAAUCCUGCAUACCAACACAGAAUGUAAAGCUAUUUUAAAAAAAAAAAAAAUUAAUGAUGCGAAAUUUGUUGAAAAUGUUGAUGCAGAAAUAGCUAAUGUGAACAAUUGUUCUUCCUGUGUAAUCAAAAAUAAUUUCUAUCAAAAUAAAAAAAAAAUUUUAAGAAUAACUCCGGAAUAUUGUGACACGAAAAAAAAAAUAGCUCAUCAUGUGAAGAAUAAAAAUACUCUUCAUGCGAACAAGUGUGUGAAUGAGGAUAUACUGUUUAAUAACAAUAUAAGCUCUGCUUUUAAAAUUAAUAUUAAUAGUGAUAGCGGCAGCAGCGUUCACGGUAAUAGUGUUAAUGUUAGCAACGUAAGUGGUAGUACCAUAAGCGGUAGUACCAUUAGCGGUAGUACCAUUAGCGGUAGUAUCAUUAGUAGCAGUAACGUUAACGGUAAUACCAUUAGCAAACGUAACAUCACUAAUAGCAAAGGAGAAAAGAGAAAGCAUCCGCUCAUAAUUUGGAGCAGUGAUGAAAAAGAGGGCGUCAAAAAAAAAUACAGCACUAAUCAUAACACAAACAGCAUAAUAAAUUAUAAUGAUCGGACGUUAAAAAUAUUUUGUAAUCUAAGUGAAGACAAUAGUAAAAAUAUCACGUGUGCAAGUGGAUAUAUAAGCAACGAUAGAAUCAGCAAUAUAUAUAACGGUGCAGUAAACAGUGCGAGGAACAGCGUACACAACGAUAAUGUUUUAGGAACAAAUAGCAAGGAUAGUAAUAGAAAAAAAAAGAACUCUCAGAAUGAUGUGCAAAAUCAACUGUUUAUACCAAAUAAUGACUUAAAAAAAAUUAAAAAUUAUACUAUGGAAAGAACAAACAAAAAUAAAUUAUCAGUGACCAGUAGCCCAAAUAAAAAGGUCAUAGAAAACAUAAAUGAGUAUCCUAUAACAUCCAAAAAUAUAUAUGACAGCAUAUACAUUCCUCAGAUAAAUAUAAAAAAUCUAAUUAAUUCUGACCAGAUAAACAACAUAGGUGUUCCUUCUCCCACACAUGCAUGUAAUAACAACAGUAAUGGUUUAAAUAACGUAUUAAGGAAGUCUGAAAGUAGUAACCUAAUAAAUGCGCUGAACGCAUAUUCUAAUGUAAAAGUAGCAGUGCGUAUAAAACCUAUCACUGAAUCAGAAGAAAAUAUUGUAUCUAUUUUUAAUAAAAAUUAUGUGCUUAUUGAGAAAGAAAACGAAAAAGAAUGUUACUUGUUGUCACAGAAAAAAAAACAAGCAACGUAUGUAUUCGAUGUCGUUUUUGAUGUUAAUGCUACUCAGGAAGAAGUAUUCUUCGAUACUGCUAAACCGUUAAUACCACAUGUUUUUAAGGGAAUAAAUUGCACCGUUUUUGCAUAUGGUGCUACGGGGUCAGGUAAAACAUAUACAAUGCUAGAUGAUAAGAAUCAUAAUGGUAUUGUUCAAUUAUCCCUUUUAGAAUUAUUUACCAUCAUAAAGGAAAAGAAAUGUCGAAAUAUUAAAAUUGUUAUGAGUUUUUUAGAAGUAUAUAAUGAAACUAUUCGUGAUCUGUUAGCUAAGGAAAAAAAUAAAACCUUAGAUGUUCAAGAAGAUGUAGCAGAAGUAAAGGUUAGUAAUUUAUGUGAAAUGGAAAUACAAAGUUAUGAACAGGCAAUGUUUUUAAUAAAUGAAGGAGUGAAAAAUAGAAAAAUGUCACCUACAAGAGCAAAUAAAGUAUCUAGUAGAUCUCAUGCUAUUUUACAAAUAUAUGUAUUUAAUGAAAUUUUAGAUAGUAAUAUGAAUACAAUAAAUUAUAAAGCAAAAUUAUGUUUUGUUGACUUGGCUGGUUCAGAAAGAGCUAGUGCUACCUCUAACAAAGGAGAAAGAUUUAAGGAAGGAUCUUACAUUAAUCAGUCUUUAUUAGCUUUAGCUAAUUGUAUUAAUUCUUUAGCAUCUAAUAGAAAUAUAUCAAAGGUAAGAGUAAAAUACAGAGAUAGUAAAUUAACACAUUUAUUGAAAAAUUCGUUAGAAGGAAAUUGCUUAGUAGUUAUGAUAGCAAAUAUUAACCCUUCGAGAAAAUCUUUUCAAGAAUCAAAUAAUACCCUUAAGUAUGCAUUUCGUGCUAGGAAUAUUAAACUAUGUGCUACUGUACAAACAAAUGAUAAUAAAGAAAGUGACAUUGAAAAAAUUUUAAAAAAAAAUAAUAUUCUGCAAAAAGAAUACGACAUUGUGCUCGCAAAAUAUAAUAAUAUAAAAGACUUUUACUCCCCUUUAAAAGUAUUAUUUCAGUUAUAUAAACUUGUUCAUUCGUGUUAUAAACGAAUGCAAAGUGCGUCUGAAAAUUUUUCUAUUCUAGAAUUAAAACAAGAUAUAUCUAUAUAUGAACAACUGAUAAAGGUGAAGUCAGAUGCAAUAAGAAAAAGGAUGGACCUCCUGAAUUGCGGAGCAGACGAAAAGCAUUUUAUUGACAUAUUUGACUCCUUUGAGGAUAAAAAUUUAGACUACUUUAUACAUAGUGAUAAGAAUGGCGGCAAUGACAGCAAUAUUGAUUGUAAUGAUAGCAAUAUUUGUUGUAAUGAUAGCAAUAUUGGUUGUAAUGACAGCAAUAUUGGUUGUAAUGAUAGCAAUAUUGGUUGUAAUGAUAGCAAUAUUUGUGGUAAUGACAGCAAUAUUUGUGGUAAUGAUAGCAAUAUUGGUGGUAAUGAUAGCAAUAUUGGUGGUAAUGAUAGCAAUAUUGGUGGUAAUGAUAACAAUAUUGGUGGUAAUGAUAGCAAUAUUGGUGGUAAUGAUAACAAUAUUGGUGGUAAUGAUAACAAUAUUGGUGGUAAUGAUAACAAUAUUGGUUGUAAUGAUAACAAUGAUAGCUAUAACAAUAACAAUAAUGGCUAUGACGAUAACAGUACUGGCUAUGGCAAUAACAAUAAUGGAUAUACCGAUAACAGUAAAGGUUAUAACAAUAACAGUACUAGUUAUGACAAUAACAAUAAUGGAUAUGGCAAUAACAGUACUGGUAAAAAUAUCGGUUUUAGUGUGCUGAAUGGGGAAGGGGUUGAGAAUAGAACCGUACUAGAAGAAAAAUUAUUAAAAAAAAAGGAUUUGCAAUUUUGUGAUAAUAGUACUACACUGAGGAGUGAUUAUAUAUUUUUCAAAAACGAUAUGAGCAAAAUAAAACUAGAUGACGAUUUAUCCUCUGACGAGUUAUCUGUGUAUGACGUAAAAAACGUGGACGCAUUGGUAAAUUGCAGUAUAAAAGGAAAAAGGGGACAACUUAUUAAUGUUUUUGAAAGUAAGAAAAAUGUACGUAUCAAUGGAAAUGAUACAAGCCAUUACGGCGUAGUGCGGCAGGGCCAUACUGGUAACAGUGCAAAGAAUGGCCAUAUGGAUCUCGGAGCAAUCCAGUACGAUGAUUACACUACAAAUACAAACAAACAUAACGCACUUAAGGACGUGUACAUACUGAAGAACGAAAGGAAUAAUAUAAAUGUUAACUUCGAUAUAAGCAAAAGCAAUCAUAUUGUAAAUUUUUUAAAAGAACCCUUGAUAGAUGAUAUUACAAGUGAAAAUAAUUAUAUGAGCUUAAUAAAGGAGCAAAAUGGUAAGAUGAAAAUUCAUACUAACGAAAAUAUGCCUAUUAAACUAAACAGGAACGAGAAAAAGGAACAGUUGCAAACAUUACAUAACAACCUAACAGAUAUGCAAAAUUCGAUUUUAUUUAAUACUAUUAAUAAGCAAAUAGGAGAGUCUCCUCAUUCCCCUAUAAUUAAAAAAAAUGUAAAGGAGCUGUUGUUACACAAUAAUUUAAAUAAAAAAAGUUUUCUAUUAAAUGGAAAAAUAAGCAAAAACAUGACAACUGAGCAGGUGAACAGCGACCUGAUAGGGAAUUAUAACAUUUCAGCGGAUGGAAAUAAAAAUUUAUACGGCAGUGAUAACAACGAGAUCAAUGACAACAGUGGUAAUAACGACAAUAACAACAAGAGUGGCAAUAACGACAAUAACAAUAACAGUGAGAAUAACGUCAGAGGAAACGACAGUGUAAGCGAAGAGGACCUAACAAGCGGCACUCCUGCGGGAGAAGAAACCAACAUUUUGAAGGAAAGCAAUACAUGGAAAGGCACCAUAGAACACUUUCAUGAUGCAUAUGAGGGAGGAAAUAUAAAUGUAAAAGUAUUUAAUAAAGAGAAGAACAGUGCAAUAACAAACAUUGAGUGGGACAAAUUGAUGAUAAAGAAUAAUUACGAUGAUCGCACUAUAGAUAAUAAUGAUGAAAUACGGGAAAGGAAUAAGAGGAAAUUUGUUAUAUUGGGGGAAAACAUAAAGCACGAACAUGAACACACUAAUGAGAGAUCCAUGUCCGUAAAAAAGAAAAAACUAAGCAUAAAAAGUAAGAAGUGA